AAGCUGGAUUCUGCUGCUUUCAGCCCAAAACCUUGAGGAUUCAGCCAUGGGAGACCCAGAACCAAGUGGUCUUGACAGUCAAGAGAGAACACCUGAAAAUAGGAAGCGGUACAGUGAGAUUUUCCGGAGUCUGGAUGCCAUAGAAAUCUCCAUUGAAAAUACGACAAUUGAUACAUUCAUUGAUUUGGAUGGCACUGACAACAUAGACUUGACCCCAGAGAGAGAGAUCAUUCCGUUGAGUGAAAGUUUCUGCGAGAGCAAAAACAGCUCAGAGAGGCAAGUGCAGACAGAUAUAACAGUUGAGGAGGCAGAUGAAAUGCUGAUAAAAUGUGAAGGUGGCAUUGACGCAGCCCUUGAAUAUGCCAAAAUGUGGUGUAAAUAUGUCAAAGAGCUUCUUAGCUGGAUGGAGAAACGGCUGAAUUAUGGUGAGUCAUCAGCACGNNNGAUUGUGAAGAUAGCAGAAUCGGGAAGAAAUGCAAUUAUCCACCAGUCCAACAUGCCUCUCCGGGCACUCUACACCAUGGUCCUGGAACAGGACAUCACGGUUGGAAACGCAGCUAAUGAAACUGCAGGAUUGCUUCAUCAGAAAGAAUUCUACCAGCCCCUGUCAGCCAAGAAGAACGAAAUUGAGAAGUGGAGGAAAGAGUUCAAAGAUCAGUGGUUAAAGGAGCAGAAAAGAAUGAAUGAAUCCCUGUCGUCCCUGCGCAAGUCGCGGCUGCAGUACGCGCAGCGCUGCGAGGAGCUGGAGAGGGCGAAGCAGCUGAGCGCCAAGGCAGAGGACGGGUGCCAGGGCACGGCCGGCAGCGCCAACAAGCAGCUGGAGAAGCGGCGCCGCUCCUGCGAGGAGGCCCAGGCCAAGGUUCAAGAAACAGAGGCUUUGUACAAGAUGUGCAUCAACGAUGCCAACUUCCGACGACAAGAGCUGGAGAAGGUGCGGGCACGGAUUGUCUCCCAUAUUCGGAAACUCAUCUACCAAGGAGACGAGAUGCUGACAUGGGUUACGUUAAGGAUGUUCAAGCAGAGGCAGAUUCAGUCUGAACAGAUUCCCGUGGGCUACCAGCAUCUCACGGAGGUCUGCAGGCCUUACAAAGUGGGUGAGAAAUACCUGGAAUUCAUUCAGACUCUGCCGAAGAAAGAAGUUCAUAUGGAGGUGUUCGAAUUCGAGCCACUCGUUUCUGGGGGGCAGAGGUCCUCCCCCAGUGGCAAAAAGCAGCUGAGGGAUACGAGCGCUCCAGAAGAUGCAGCAAGAAAGCAGUUCUCCCCAAAUGGGGAACAGAGUAUCAGCAAGUCCCUCUGCAGUGACACAGAAAGUCUUGGUGGCAGCUGUGAAUCCCGAUCUCUGGACUCUCCUAAUUCCAGCCCAGGAAAAUCUAGCAGGAAGUUGCUAAAAGCUCCCUCCACUGGCACCAUGUCCUCCUCCGAUGAUUUUGAAGAGAAAGAUUCAUUGCAAACUUCGGAAAACGAAAACGGGAUGUACCAGCAGCAGUUUAAGAACAUCCCUCUCUCCGGCGCAGCACAGAGCCACCGGCUCAGGAAGCUCCGGGGUCCAUCCAAAUGCAGGGAAUGCGACACCUUCAUGGUCAAUGGCUUCGAGUGUGAGGAG